AUGACCACGCAGCUGGCCGCUAGAGUGACGAUUGCGUCCACCUUGAUGCAACCCACAGGGAUCCCGCCCCACGUCAGCAUCCACACCCAGCUGGAAACGAAUCUGGCCGCUGUUCGUGAGCUCCCGGGUGAAAUUCGCAACAAUAUUGAAGCCAUUCUGGACGCCAAGGGAAUCACCUCUGGCAAUAUUACGCACGCCCUCCUAGAGGAACUUCUCAAUAAUGCCGUCUCAAGAAUUGCUAGUACCAACGACCGAUCUGAAUCACCUCCAGUCGUUGAUGAUUCAGCUCCUCUUCGACCUGUACAUUAUUGGGGAGGUAGGUGGCACAUGCUGCCUGAGGACUUCGAGUUACCGUCUGUCGACGUUGCCACUGCCUGGCACUAUUGGUGGUGCGGCUCCUCAGCCCGUGAAAUUCCGCCCUUGCACAAGCUCAGCACCUGCGACAUGGCAAAUAAACAAGGCAAGAUAUAUUGCGAGUGGAAUUUUGCUGUAAACGUGCUUCUGGAAGUCUACAGCAGCUCGACCGGGGCCACUUUGAGUCCUCCGUACACCUCGGCUUCGGUCAUUGCGGCUUUCACCACGAUCACGGUCAGCCUUUCGACCUCCUGGGGCCUCACUGAGAAAGGUCGCCGGCGCCGGUUGUCUCAAGUGAAGUUGGUGACGUUUGCUCGCUUGGCUAGAAAACGUAGUCGUAGGGUGUAG